AUGGCCCGCACCGACCGAACCGACCGAACCGACCGCACCGACCGCACCGACCGCACCGACCGCACCGAUCCCGUCGAGGCGGCGAAUGCCAAGAACGACGCCGACUUUGCCAGAGACUACCUGCCUGACCUCCCCUCGGCAUGGACGCAUCCCGCCACAAAGGCCGUCUACGACGUCACGCUCACCAGGGCCGGCGCCCUGACCGACGACCAGGUCGACGCGUGCCUGCGCCUCGUCGACGAGACCAGCGGCGACGACUACCGCCGCUCCCGCAUCGGCUGGAACCCCGGCGCCAAGAGGCGCGAGAUGCGGUCCCCCGACCUGCGGUACAUUGCGCUCACGCGCGCCGGCCACCUGGGGGGGUUUGCGUCCCUGAUGCCCACGUACGAGAACGGCGCGGCGGUGCUGUACUGCUACGAGAUUCACCUGAGGCGCGAGCUGCAGCGGACCGGCUUGGGCCGACAUCUGAUGCGGCAGCUCAUCCAGGCAGCCCGGCGGAUCGACAGCGUCGACAGGGUCAUGCUGACGUGCUUUGUGAGCAACGCGCGCGCGCGCGGCUUCUACGAAAAGCUGGGCUUUGAGCUGGACGCCUUUUCGCCCGAGGAGAGGAAGCUCAGGGGGGGGAGGGUCGUGGCGCCGGAUUACGUGAUUCUGAGCCGGAGGACGGACGGGCACGACGCCGGCGAGUUGACGUCGCCGAUGAGUUGA